AUGAACAACGACGACGAUGCCCUCACCUCGGUGUACAAGAAGAUCGAGCGUGAGAAAGCUCUCAUCCAAGCUGCGAACCAGAUGCGGCAACAAACCCAGAAUGAGCAGGUUAGAUCUCGACUGGACUCACAGAUGAGAGAAGGUCGCCGCAAUAUUCAGUAUCUGGAGGAACGCAUGCAGGAACUUCAGAUGCGGAGAAUGGGACAAGGCAUGGACAAUAUGAAUUUGGGCUCUUCAUCCACUGGACCAGCGCGCCCUCAGAGCUCCGGGUUUCGCAGCGACAGAGAUGGCCCGCCUACGCCGCCUCCAAAGGACUCAAGAGGAGGAUAUACCGACGCUGGUUCGGAACGAGGUGACUAUGGCACACAAGAUUACUCGCAGACGGGCAUGAUGCCACCACGACACCCGUAUGCACCUCUGGCUCCCGGGCAGGGCAUCCCCAAAUCACGUCCGAACUUUACAAAGCUUGAUUUGAUCAAGUACGAUACACCAUACCUCGGCCCCCGAAUCCAACUCAUGUUGUCGCAACUAGAAUUCAAACUUAAUGUGGAGAAGCAGUAUCUUAAAGGUAUCGAAAAGAUGGUCCAACUGUACCAAAUGGAGGGAGAUAGAAAGAGUCGCGCAGAUGCUGCAGGCCGUAGAGUUGAGAGCACACAGAAGAUUCAGCUGCUGAAGCAAGCUCUGAAGAGAUAUGAGGAUCUCCACAUUGACAUGGAAAGCACUGCAGAUGCGCCAGAUGAUGACAGCAUAAAUACCCCUAACAUGCGGAAACCACUGACUGGACAGCUUUCGAUUAGAAUACAAGCUGUGAAGGACGUGGAUCAUGCAGCAACUGGUCGUUUUGCUCGCGGACCUGAGACUUUUGUUGCGAUUAAGGUCGAAGACAAUGUUGUGGCGCGCACAAGAACCUCCAGAACCGAUAAGUGGGAUGCCGAAUACCACAAUUUGAACGUUGACAAGGCAAACGAGAUUGAAUUGACGGUGUAUGACAAGCCCGGUGACCACCCUUUGCCGAUAGGCUUACUCUGGAUCCGGAUCUCUGAUAUAGUAGAGGAAAUGAGAAGAAAGAAGAUUGAGGCUGAAAUUAGCAGCUCUGGAUGGGUUUCUGCGGACCGAAUGGCCAAUGGCUCUCUACCUGGUGCCCCACCUCCACAAUUCAAUAUGAAUCCUCCGGCUCCUCAGUUUGGUCCUCCUCCUGGGAGUGCUGGAGCUGCAGCCCCAGCUUCAAUGGGGGCUGGAAUGCCUGCUGCGGGUGCAAUUCCUCCGCAGCCAGUCGAUGCUUGGUUCGCACUCGAGCCCACUGGAGCAGUUCACUUGACGAUCGGUUUUACCAAACAGGCCAAAGAUCGAAGACCAUUCGACCUCGGGCUCAAUCGUAAGGGAGCGAUUCGACAACGUAAGGAAGAAGUCCACGAGAUGUACGGCCACAAGUUUGUCUCCCAACAAUUCUACAACGUCAUGCGCUGUGCCCUUUGCGGGGACUUUCUCAAGUAUUCUGCCGGUAUGCAGUGCGAGGACUGCAAAUAUACUUGCCACACAAAGUGCUACACAAGCGUUGUCACCAAAUGCAUCAGCAAAUCCAAUGCAGAGACAGACCCGGACGAGGAGAAGAUCAAUCAUCGCAUUCCUCAUCGUUUCGAGAAGUUUGCAAAUAUGAGCGCAAAUUGGUGUUGCCACUGCGGGUAUAUCUUACCGUUCGGUAAGAAGAACUGUAGGAAGUGUAGUGAAUGUGGUCUCACGUGUCACGCCGGAUGCGUCCACCUUGUGCCUGACUUCUGUGGCAUGUCUAUGGCGGUUGCUAAUGUCAUUCUUGAUGGUAUUCGCAAUCAAAAGCGUCGACAGACAACUCAGACACCCCUCUCUGGCCGUACAUUAAGGCCGCAAAACAAUAAGCCUGUCGCAGCAGUAGAGCCAGGUCCAUCAGAUCCUCGCACGUCUUAUGGCCAAUCCGAUCCAGGUCGACCUCCGAGGGCUCAGUCUUACGGAGCACCAUCUUCGUCGAUGGAAGCAACUGAAGCAGCAAAGGCGAUGUAUUCCCAAGGUCAGACAUCACCUACACAGCAACGACCACCAGGACCUGACAGAACUGGUUCGUCGUCUGCAGCUGCUGCAGCUGCAGCCGCUAUGGCUGGCCCGAAGAGCCCUACUCAACAGAGAGAUCCGUACCAGCGCUCAUCAACGGACUAUGCAGGCCGCGGCGGCUCUUCUGCUCCUGGAUAUGCUAAUCGUAUGGAUUCUCACUCUGAAGAUGGCAGCUAUGGUUCACCUCCAAAGCCCCAAGCUCCCUCUCAGCCAAGUUAUAAUCCCGCAGCAUAUGCCCAAGUAAGCGGUUACGGCUCACAGCCACCGCCACAACAGAUCCAGCCUCCUCAGCAGUCGCCGACAAAUGCUUUGUAUGGCCACUCUGCUCAACCUCAAAUCCCUGAAGCUGCACAACAGCCUAGCGCUGUCAUUCCACGGAAAGCAGCUCCUCCUGCGAGUGAGCCUGGUACCGGUCGCCGCAUUGGUCUGGAUCACUUCAACUUCCUUGCGGUCCUUGGCAAAGGUAAUUUUGGUAAAGUCAUGCUUGCGGAGACCAAGGCGACCAAGCAGUUGUAUGCAAUCAAAGUGUUGAAGAAAGAAUUCAUCAUCGAGAACGACGAAGUGGAGAGUACACGAUCAGAGAAGAGAGUGUUCUUGAUUGCUAACAAGGAACGUCACCCUUUCCUACUCAAUCUUCACGCUUGUUUCCAAACAGAGACAAGAGUAUAUUUUGUUAUGGAAUAUAUUAGUGGUGGUGAUCUGAUGUUGCACAUUCAGAGAGGCCAGUUUGGAACAAAGCGUGCACAAUUCUAUGCCGCCGAGGUCUGCUUGGCACUGAAAUACUUCCAUGAAAAUGGUGUUAUUUACCGCGAUUUGAAGUUGGACAACAUCAUGUUGACUUUGGAUGGUCACAUCAAGGUUGCGGAUUAUGGUCUUUGCAAGGAAGAUAUGUGGUAUGGAUCAACGACCAGCACAUUCUGUGGUACUCCUGAAUUCAUGGCUCCCGAGAUCUUGCUGGACAAGAAAUACGGCCGCGCAGUCGAUUGGUGGGCAUUUGGCGUUCUCAUAUACCAGAUGCUUCUUCAACAAUCUCCCUUCCGUGGUGAGGAUGAGGACGAAAUCUACGACGCCAUUCUUGCCGACGAACCCUUGUACCCAAUUCAUAUGCCUCGCGAUUCUGUCUCGAUCCUCCAGAAGCUUCUUACCAGGGAACCAGAUCAACGGCUCGGGAGUGGACCUACUGAUGCUCAGGAAAUCAUGAGCCAGCCGUUCUUUAGAAAUAUCAACUGGGACGAUGUUUACCAUAAGAGAAUUCAGCCACCAUUCCAGCCCCAAAUUACAAGUGCUACUGAUACCAGCAACUUUGAUUCUGAAUUCACGAGCGUUACCCCAGUUCUCACACCAGUACAAUCUGUACUUUCUCAGGCAAUGCAAGAGGAGUUCCGUGGAUUUUCAUAUUCAGCCGACUUUGUUUGA